AUGGACAUGGAGGCGGAGCAGUACAGUAUCCAAUACAGUAUCCACAACAACAACAACCAGGGAAUGUGGUCGGAGGACAGCAACAGCCCCAAAUGCCGUCAAGCCAACCGCCGACCUCCAGCGAUCCUCAACAACAUUUUGUCGGACAUGGACAUCCGAAUCCAUACGCUCCAAUGGCACCUCCACAUCCACAUCCCGCAUAUAGUGCACAGAGCCAACUCCACGCAGCAUCCGUCCCGCCCCAAACAGCCCCCAAUCCCUAUAUGCAAGGGCCACCAGGGGGAGGAGGAGGAGGACCACAACAAGGAGGAGGAGCAGGUCCACCUGGAAUGGGAGGACAACAACAACAUGGAGGAGGACAGAGACCUGUGGAAGUAUCGCAGAGUGGAAAUGGACCUAUACAGGUCAAUAUCAAGCCGGAUGCGCCAGGACGGACGC